AUGUCUACGCCAAAGUCAAGCACCCCAUACGACAGUGACGAAGAAACUCCUCUUCUUCAACACUCUGCUAGUUACAGUCACGAUACAGACGCGACUAUCAUAGAGACGAAAAAUUACACCCCUCUACCGAAGCUCCAGAUCGGGAUAUGCCUUUUGAUACAGUUUGCGGAACCUAUCACCGCGCAGUGCAUUCUACCCUUCAUCAAUCAGUUGGUUUCCGAGCUAGACAUCACCAAUGGAGAUGAGAGGAAGGUUGGUUACUACGUUGGCAUCAUUGAAUCGCUUUUCUUUGCGGUGGAGGCAGUCACCGUUCUACAAUGGAGCCGCCUCUCAGAUCACAUCGGCCGGAAACCCAUCCUUCUAAUCGGUCUCAUCGGACUAAGUAUAUCUAUGUUCCUAUUUGGACUAUCUCGCACAUUCUGGACUCUCGUCAUUAGCCGCUGCCUAGCUGGAGGUCUGAAUGGAAAUAUAGGUGUCAUGAAGAGUACCAUGGCCGAGUUGACCGAUGAGACAAACAUUGCCCAGGCCUUCAGUCUUAUGCCCGUGGUGUAUUCCUCCGGCUCAACACUCGCAUCUUUCAUGGGCGGCAUGUUGUCCCGCCCUCAUGAUCACUAUCCUGGAAUAUUCGGUGGCACUUUUUGGAUCAACUUCCCGUAUUUUCUCCCUUGCGCCGUGGCAGCAUCAUAUAGCGCAUUGUCGUUCGUCAUCACCGCUGUUUUUCUGAAGGAGACUUUGCCUAAAGGCAAGCGCGCGGGAAGUCAAGACUUCGUAGAAGACGAACCUCUAUCGCACCCCCACAAACACCAGGCCAUAUCUAUUCGGAAGCUUGUCACGUAUAAACCUGUCGUUCUAUCCGUCGGCAACUAUGGUUCUCUUGCCCUCAUCGAGAUGGCCUUCUUGGCUGUCCUACCACUCUUUUACUCCACUCCCACCGAACUCGGUGGUCUGGGCUUCCCUCCGUCCACUAUCGGAUACUGUAUGGGCGCGUUCGGAAUCAUGAACGGUGUCUUUCAAGGGCUCUUCUUUACCAAAAUAAUCGGUAGAUUAGGGCCCAGGCGAUUAUUUAUGGUCUCAAUGGGCGCUUUUACGCCCAUAUAUCUACUAUUUCCCGUGAUAAACAUACUUGCCCUGCGCAGGGGGAUGUCGUUCUUCGUUUGGGCCCUCAUAGGACUUCAGCUCUGCCUCACGGUAAUCAUGGACAUGGCCUACGGUACGUGCUGUGUUUUUAUCUUCAUCACAUCCGCCGCCCCAAACCAACAGUCUCUAGGGGCUACCAAUGGACUCGCUCAAACCGUUGCCUCCAUUGUACGCACUAUCGGCCCCGCCUUAUCAACUUCCAUGUUCGCGAUGUCGAUUGAACUCAACAUCAUGGGCGGAUAUGGCGUAUAUUUCAUUAUGGCCGCCCUCUCGCUCUCGUCCUUAAUCCUCGCAGCACGUCUCCCACCCUCAGCCUGGAAGUCGAACGAGGCCAGGUAG